CCAUAUUUCAUUUUUUCAAAUCCACUCUCUCUCCUCUCGUCGGAAAAUCGGCCCUCUGCUCUUCUUUGGUGGUUUUCCAGCCAAAACUUUAGGGCUGGCUAUUUGGUCCCGGACUGUUUGGUUUUACCCGAAACAGGACCGUAUAACCCGGACCGGGACCGGACUGGGACCGGAUAGCAAACAAUGCAAUCUCAUAUUCGGGCUUAGAUUUGAGGUAAAAAACCGGAUAAAGACCGAAUAAGAGACCCCCAACACCUAAAAUCAAGAUAAAUUGGGACCGGACCGGGUCAAGACCGGACUGUAUCCAAUCCAAUCUUUGGUCCUUAUAUUCCCGAAAAGACCGGACUGGGACCGGAUCAAUUUGGUCCAAUUUAACCGGACCGGACCGUAUAGCCACCCCUACAAAACUUCCUCCCCCGACCUCCAAAUCAAAAACCGAGACAACCACUACGCUCCUGGCAUCGAGGAGCACAUUCCCCAGAAGUUUAGUCCUGUUUGGCGGAGGUUGGGUCGCCGGCAGCGAGUCUCCGGCGAGUUCUCCGGCGAUUUUGGAGUGCUUUUUUUCUUCUCUUCCAUUUCCUUGUGGUAUCUACUUGCGUCUCCAGGUGUGUUUCUCGUUUUAUCUUGUCCAAUUUUGGAGAAUUGGUACCAAGGUUUAUAUGUGAAGAACUUGAGAUUUUGGCCUGAACUUUGAUCUUUUUGGUGGCCUACAGCGUUAUAUGCUUGAAAUUAUUUUUCCCUUGAAUUAGUUUCGCCGGCCUACCAAUUGCAUGUGUAGAAUUGUGCCCUUGUAUGCUUGGUUGUAAAUUGCUUGGUGAAUGGCCGAUUGGAUGGUUAUUUGGGGUGGUUUGCUUGUUUGUUCCAUCGGGAGCCUAGUCCACUGUCCAAAUCUUUUGAUUUGAGGACUCCUGGUGUGGUUUGCAUAACAUUAACCCACUCCGCUGUGUAGAAUUUGUGCUUUCUGUUGCUUUGCAGGAUGAUGGAGGACUACCUGGACCACUUAAGCAUUACUUAGCGCCACCACAUGUGGGCCAUCCGCACCUGCCAUAUCUCCUAGCACCUGCAUCUGGACUUUGGAGUGUUCGAGGCGCUCCAUGCUCGCUGGGAGAUGGAGUCCGCUGUUCGCGCCUAUGGUUGGCGGCGCCUCCUCUGCCUUGCUGAGCCAACCUACCAGGAGCUCGUUUGGGAGUUCUAUGCUUCCUUCUCCCAUUCACAGAGGAAGUCGGCUGACCAUGCUGACGCCGUCCGUUUCACACUCGGCAGGGUCGAGCACUCUGUCAGUUACUGGGAGUUGGCUGCUGCACUUGGUCUGAACAACCCCCACUCUAGCGAUCGUGCAUUGAUCGUGGAAGAACGAGCAAAUUCUAGCUGGCCAGGAGCACAUCCACGCCCGCCUCGAUCGUGAGCGGGACUGCGGCCGCUGUCUCUUGUCCGGCCAACACUACAUCAUGCAUUAUCUGGGCCUGGACCAGAACUUGAUCCAGUACCCCUUCGUGCAGUCACCGGGGCACGAGGACGACUACCUACCUCCCACAUGCGAUGGUGGUGAUGUUUUCUAGUGGAUAUUUGAGGGUUAUGUACUUCAUUUCCUUUGCAGACUGAGACUCCCUGUUGUUUGUUGUUUCUUUCUUUCUUUUUCAUUUGGAUUAUAGACAUGGAUCUAUGGUUUCUUUCACCCAGUGUGUGUUUUCAUGACUCUAGGUUUGUGCCCUUGG